GAGUCCUGGGUAACCAUACAUGUGGAGGGGAAACCCGUUGGCUUCAUGGUAGAUACUGGCGCCCAACACUCUGUUUUAAAUGAAAAACUGGGACCAAUGUCUAAGAAAACCAGCUUGAUGCAGGGAGCCACGGGGACAAAAAGAUAUUGUAGGACCACAGAACAGAAAGUAAAUCUGGGGACCCACCAGGUGUCCCAUUCGUUUUUGGUGAUACCAGAAUGCCCAGCCCCUCUACUUGGAAGAGACUUGUUGACUAAAGUUAAUGCUCAGAUCCAUUUUGACCCUGGGGGAAUGUCAGUCACGGAUGGACUUGGACAGCCGAUACAUGUCUUAUCCCUAGCUUUAAGAGAUGAAUACAGACUUUUUGCGCCUAAGCCCUCAGAGGUUAUAGCACCAGAUGUACAAACGUGGGUCCAUAAAUACCCAUUAGCCUGGGCAGAAAGAGCAGGAAUGAGACUGGCCAAACAGAGACAUCCGGUCGUCAUCGAGCUAAAGGCCGAGGCAAUUCCUGAGAGGCUGAGACAGUACCCUAUGAGCCAGGAAGCUCAGCGCGGGAUCACUCCCCACAUUCGAUGGCUCAUGGAUGUUGGAAUUCUCAAGCGGUGCCAAUCCCCUUGGAACACCCCCUUACUGCUGGUGAAGAAGCCAGGGGGUACAGAUUACAGACCUGUCCAAGACCUGUGAGAAGUCAACAAACGGGUGAGUGACAUACACCCUACUGUCCCUAACCUGUAUACCCUCCUGAGCAGUUUACUGCCUGAGUACACUUGGUACACUGUGUUGGACUUAAAAGAUGCUUUUUUCAGCCUACCCCUGGCGGCCCAGAGCCAGGAGAUAUUUGCCUUUGAGUGGACUGAGGGGGAAGGCCAACCGGUAGUACGAUUAACUUGGACCCGCCUCCCACAGGGGUUCAAGAACUCUUUGUUUAAUGAGGCUUUGAGUGAGGACCUCUAUGAAUAUAGGACUUGCCACCCAGAGGUCAUCCUGCUGCAAUAUGUAGAUGACCUUAUGUUGGCUGGAACCACAGAGAAGGCAUGCAGCUGUGCCACCGGGGACCUCUUGCAGACUCUAGGCACCUUGGGGUAUCGCGCUAGUGCAAAGAAGGCACAAAUAGCCCGGGAAGAGGUCACCUAUUUGGGGUAUAAGGUCAGGCAGGGGCAAAGGUGGCUAACUCAGGCCAUGAAGGAAACAAUAUUGCAGAUACCAGAGCCCAAGACCUCCCGCCAGGUGAGAGAGUUUCUGGGGACUGUUGGAUAUUGCAGACUGUGGAUCAUGGGGUUUGCUGAGAAGGCCCAGCCCUUGUAUGGGAAGCAAAAGACCCCAAACUGGACUUGGACUGAGCCAAUGAAACAGGCUUUCCAGACACUCAGACAGGCCCUACUAGAAGCCCCAGCCCUUGCCCUGCCUAACCCAAAUAAGCCAUUCCAGCUGUUUGUAGAUGAAAAGCAAGGAAUAGUAAAGGGGGUCUUGAUGCAACAAUGGGGACCAUGGAAGUGGCCGGUGGCAUACCUUUCAAAGCGAUUAGACCCGGUGGCUGCUGGGUGGCCCCCUUGCCUUUGCAUCAUCGCAGCCACUGCCCUCCUCAUCCGCGAUGCUGACAAGUUGACGUAUGGACAGCAACUCUGGGUUUACAUCCCCCAUGCCAUCGAAGGGGUUUUAAAGCAGCCGCCGGGUAAGUGGAUCUCCAAUGCCCCCUUGACACAUUACCAGGCCUUGCUGCUUGAUGCCCCAUGGGUGCGUUUUCAGACCCCUUGCUUCCUGAAUCCAGCCAUGCUCCUACCUAACCCAGAGAAAGACCGCCCUCUCCAUGAUUGCAGUGAGAUACUGGCUGAGGCCCUGGCGGCAUGAAAAGACUUAACUGAUGUACCACUGAACAACAGUGAGCUAGUAUGGUUCAUCGAUGGGAGCAGCUAUGUAAGAGAUGGGCAAAGGAAGGCGGGAGCCGCCAUAGUUGAUGAUUCAGGACAGACGAUAUGGGCUGAGACAAUUCCCCCAAACACUUCUGCGCAAAAAGCAGAAUUGAUUGCCCUAAUACAGGCUCUGGAGCAAGCCAAAGGGAAGAGAGUCACCAUUUUUACUGAAAGCCGAUAUGCUUUCAGCACUGCCCAUAUUCAAGGUCCAAUAUACCAAGAAAGGGGAUUUCGGACAGCUGAGGGAAAGGAGGUAAAAAAUUUGCCCGAGAUUCGCAGGCUCCUGAAAGCUGUCCAACUGCCCUGGGCAGUAGCAAUAGUACAUGUCCCCGGUCACCAGAAAGGAGAAGACCGUGCUGCAGCCGCUCGAAAAGCGGCUAGCCGGGACUACGCCGCCCCCAUAUUAGCCGAUACCGCCCUCCAGAAGGAUGACAAAGAUGGAUGGUACGGAGAUCAAAACAACAACCUGAUAUUGCCUGCCAUCCUGGGUCGUCACCUGUGUGAACACCUGCACACAACUACACACUUGGGAGAGAAAAAGACCUUGACACUUCUCCAGACAGCCUGCCUGAGGUUCCCUCGACAAAAUGCAACUGUACGAGAGAUAAUCCAGGCUUGCAAAGCGUGCCAGCUGAUGAGGACAGAGAAAAAGCAGCACACGGGAAUGAGGUACCAAGGGGAAGAGCCAGGGAAACACUGGGAGAUAGAUUUCACUGAGGUAAGACCAGGCAAGUACGGGUAUUGCUAUCUGUUGGUUCUGGUAGAUACCUUCUCGGGGUGGGUAGAAGCCUUCCCCACUAAGGGAGAGACAGCAAUAGUGGUUGCUAAAAAGAUCUUAGAUGAUAUAGUGCCUAGGUACGGGCUGCCAGUGACUAUGGGCUCUGAUAACGGACCUGCCUUUGUGAGCCAGAUUGUACAAGGGCUGGCCCAAGCUCUGGGGACAAAAUGGAAGCGAAAUUGUGAAUAUAAUUCCCAGAGCUCAGGACAGGUUGAGAGAAUGAAUUGGACCCUAAGAGAAACUUUGACAAAGUUGGCAAUAGAGACUGGCGGGGACUGGGUGACCCUCCUUCCCUUCGCACUCUUUCGGGUGCGUAACACCCCUUAUAAACUGAAUUUUACCCCUUUUGAGAUUCUGUGUGGAAGACCCCCUCCUGUGUGUCCUAUUUUCGAGGAAAAAUGCCUGCCACCCCCUACUUUGGGACAAUUCCAGCAAACUCUGAUGGCAUUAAGUAAGGUGCAUAACCAUGUUUGGAAAUUGAUUCGAGAGAUACACGAGGGUCAAAGUAAGGGGGCCCUCCCCUCACAUACCAUUGGCCCAGGUGAUUGGGUUUGGGUAAAACGGCACCGAUCUAAAGUAUCAGAACCCAGAUGGCAAGGCCCCUAUGUUGUUCUCCUUACCACUCCUACUGCUGUUAAGGUCGACGGGAUUGGACCCUGGGUUCACUGCAAUCACGUGCGGCAAGCCACUCCGGAAGAACAGGAAAAAGCGCGAGCAGAAUGGAAGGCGAGUCCUCACCCAUCAAAUCCUUUUGAAACUGAAACUUGUUCGACGGGAGGCCUCCUAAUUCUCCUGCUGAUGGUGGCUGUCAUUGUCCCAGGAGCGACCAGCCAGAACCCUCAUCAUCCGGUUAACAUGACUUGGGUGGUCUACAACCCUGAGACCGGAGGACUACUUAAUUCGAGUUCCAACGUAGCCCCCAAAGGGACAUGGUGGCCUGAAUUGACCUUUGAUUUAUGCGUCCUGGCAGCCAACAUUAACGGCUUCCACAGUCCCAGUCAACUGAGUGACUUCAUCGGGAGCCCUCAGUUUGAAACCCUCGGCCUUUUUGACUGGGCCUUCCAGGGAGACACACCAUGCACAAAACCAACACCCGUAUAUGUCUGUCCGGGGGGAGGAAGGGAUCGGAACCAAAUUGCAAGAUGUAGGGGAGUUGAUCCUUUUUAUUGCGCCACUUGGGGAUGUGAAACUACAGGAAAGGUCCAUUGGCUCACCAAUCCCGUCAAAGACCUCAUUCAGGUAAAAUUACCCCAAGAUUUCCCACCAUGUAAGAUGUUGUCAUCUAAACCUGGACAAUGUUUUCCAUUACAGAUUAAGUUCACUGAUGAGGGAAAAAGGUUUACCAGGUGGGACGUAGGCAGAGCCUGGGGCCUACGUCUUUAUCAGACUGGAUCCGAUAAUGGAUUCUGGUUUGAGCUCAAAUUACAACUGGGACCACUCUAUUUGGCCCCCAAGGUAGCUUUGGGACCAAACCAGGUGACAGCCCCAAAACCUUCUUCCCAGAGGACAACCCCAAAACCUCCCUCCCAGAACCAAAGUCGGGAUACUGGAUCUACUCCACACCCCAUAGCUCCCCCCAUAGUUGACAUGUCCCCACCUACAGACCCCCUUAUAAAAAUGAUCUCCUCAGCUUACCUUACCCUUAAUGCCUCUUGUCCGGACUUAACAGAUGGUUGCUGGCUCUGCUAUAAUAUUAGGCCUCCUUAUUAUGAGGCAGUUGCUUUUUCUUCAGGAUUCAAUAUGACAGCCGAUGUCUCAGCCUGUAGAUGGCAGCAACAACCUGGCACAGGCCGCCUGACAGCGCCAGGACCCGCCUUUAGAAAUUGCUGGGGUCAUGAGAUCUCUUGUAGGUUUACUGGGAGCAGAAACAAACAAGCAUCCAGUGAGCUCCACCUGGGAGAGGUUCAGUCUCCUUGGACCAGCGAUGGAGAUGCUGCAGGGACAUCGGGCUACACCAAACCGGUGCAAGCCGCUCCAGGAGCACAAACGCUUGAAAGAGCGGUCGCGCCGCAGACACCUCCUGCCCAGAAACAGCUCGCUCGGGCCUCUCAGGACUCAGUCCUGCCCGGCUCUCAGAGCUGGCCUCUGAAUUCGGUCUCCUUGGCAGAGCGCCCGGCACUGAGAGCGCGCAACCGGCAGCCAGGAGCCGGUGCGAGGGCGGCGGGAGGACUUCUCGGUUUAGCCGGCCUGCGGCGGAGGGGGCCAGAGCCGAAUUCACAUUUCUAA